ACAAGUUUCAUUCUCCUGAUCUUUCUCAUGAUACAGUGCCAUGGGUCCACUCAUUUCCAUUACCUAAAGAAAGGAGAGGAGGUUACACUGUCCUGUGGAACAUGUCAAUGGGAGGCUGAUGUGGACUCAGACAACAGAGUCGACUGCAACGUAUCAAAAACCGGGAUUAAUUCAAAGAAAUCAGAAUGUCCAGCUGGAACACUGACCCCAUGCAGUGAGAUGAAGAGAAGCUCAUCCAGAAUGUGUGGCCUCUAUGUGAAGAGGGGAUUCUUUGUGUGUACUACAGUUAAAUCUGACUCCUGCUUCAUUCACCCAUUCAAACCCUCUGCUCAUCAUGUGGAGUCCUUCAUUGUUGCUCAGGAAGAACCAGACAUGGUGUCUGAUCCUGUAGUGGAAAGCUCAGUGCAUGUGUCUGCAGGAGGAUCAAUUAAUCUGACGUGCAUCUUUACAAUAAAGGGAAGUUAUUCCAAUCAGCGUUUUGUGGUGUACUGGAUUAAGACUGCAGCUGAGAGCAGCACAUGUGUGUACUCAUUUCAUUUAGAUGCAGGUUAUGAUUCUGGGUUUGAUGAACAUUGUGCCAUUGACAAAGACUUAUUGUUGAGGAGAUCACACACAUCCCUCCCUUCUCUCACUGAUACCAACACCCAUAACCUGACGAUCAGCAAUGCCACUCACUCAGACAGUGGACAGUAUGUGUGUGCCUUACAAGUGAACAUCAACAACCAGCAGCACUGGAGAGUAAUCACCAACACUACGGUCACUGUGGGGGAUCCAGUCAAACCUGGGCACUUUGGCUGAGACCAAUGACUGAACCCGCUUUCCUAAUGAGUUUAUUUAGCCUGUUCCUAUCCUCCACUGCCAAACAGCUACCCCAGCAUACCACCGCAUAAAAGAGGACACUGGCCAGAAUCCCAUUGUAAAAAGUGUUUAAAAUGGGCCUGCUAACAUUAAAAGACCUGAGUUUCCUGAGGAAGAACAUCCUGGACUGAGAUUUCUUGAGUGUAGCACUGUGCAUCUUCCAAUCCAGUUUAUUAUCCACAUGUACACCCAAGUACCCAAGUACUUUCUGUAGUAAUACCUUGCAUGUUUUAUGUUUUCUUUUUUAUUCUUUAAUUUCUGACUAUUCUUUGACUAUUGCCCUUCUAUGUUUUUAUUGGCUAUUCCUGUUUGUCUUGUGUUUGUGUAAAGCACAUUGAAUGACCUAUGAAAUGCACUAUAUAAAUAAAGUUGACUUGAUUUGAUCUGACUUGAUUAAAUAAUGGAUGGUAAAGC